GGAAACUGUUAGUGUUUCCCCGGUUUUUGAUGAGAGAACAUAUGACGCUUAGAACUGGAAAGACGUAAACACGAGGUCUGAAUGUGAAAAGCACGCGCUCGGAAAUUUCGAUCGAAACUCAAAACGAACUGUGUUGUAAGGACUGUCCGUUAUGUUUAAUAAAAAAAGAAAGUGUCAAAAACUUUUAAUUUUUUUGAGUAUUUUCUACUUUGCUCAAGCUGCCUCCUCCACGGGGGCAACGUCUAAUGUGGUCGUUGAAGAACCUGAGUUUACAGACACUAUAGAAAAUAUAACUGUAGCAGCGGGCCGCAACGUAAAGUUCGCAUGCUCCGUCAAGAAUCUUGGAACUUACAAGGUGGCGUGGAUGCAUUUUGAGCAGUCAGCCAUCUUGACUGUGCACAACCAUGUGAUCACCCGCAAUCCUCGUAUUAGCGUAACUCACGAUAAACAUAGGACUUGGUUUUUACACAUAAGUAAUGUACAAGAGGAGGAUAAAGGGCGAUAUAUGUGCCAAAUCAAUACCGUUACUGCGAAAACACAGUUCGGAUAUCUCCACGUUGUUGUGCCGCCUAACAUAGACGAUUCCCUCAGUAGCAGCGAUGUUAUAGUAAGGGAAGGCGCCAAUGAGACGCUAACCUGCAAAGCUACAGGAUCUCCACAACCUAGUGUAAAGUGGAAAAGGGACGAUAACUCCAAGAUCACAAUAAACAAGACACUUACAGUUUCCGAGUGGGAAGGAGAAACACUGGAAUUAACUAGAAUUUCAAGAUUAGACAUGGGAGCUUACUUAUGUAUAGCCAGCAAUGGGGUGCCCCCAACUGUGAGCAAAAGAAUCAAAGUUAGCGUCGACUUUCCGCCAAUGUUGUGGAUACCCCACCAACUGGUCGGAGCUCCUCUAGCUUACUCCGUGACUCUGGAAUGCUUCACGGAAGCUCAUCCGAGCUCCCUUAACUACUGGACCAGAGAGGAUGGCCAAAUGAUUCACGAAUCGAAGAAGUAUCACGCUGAAAAUACAGUCGGCACGCCGUCUUACAAGACCCAUAUGAAACUCACAAUCAACAAUAUACAACAAAGUGAUUACGGGACUUAUAAGUGCGUAGCAAAGAAUCCCCGAGGUGAAACCGAUGGCACAAUCAGACUCUACACUUCUUCACCUCCAACGACGCCACCAAAGUCAACAACUACAGAAACGCCAAGUCGCAUCAAGGAUAUAUUGGGCAAUGGCAAUCUCAGCAAUUCGGUUUAUGGAAAUCCUUCUUCGCUCACUAUUCAUCAUGGUGAGAAAGGUUCGAAAUAUCAAUCAAAUUUAAAUGAAAUUGACAAAUCCGAGCAGAAAUCAAGUUCAGACCCAGAGGGAAAGAGUAUCAGCUAUGGUCACCACGUGCCAAGCGGAGUAGCUAGUUCUCCAGGUAACCUAAACUGCAAGCUUUCAUUGUGGAUACUUCCCAUAAUAUUGUUCAACGCGCUGCGGUGAAUACCUCAAAACACAAAUUUUGUGUAUCCAUUAUAAUUACUAUUUAGUAGAUUAUAGGAACAGUAAGUUCGGAUUAUAAAAUCACAAGGACGCUUAAAACCAAAGCAUAAGUGUACAAUUGUUUAUAUAUACCAUGUAUCACCUAAUUUAAACAAAGACUGACAUCGUUUAGAGAAAUAUAAUUAAUUUUUAACAUAAUUGACUAGUUGAUAAUUCCUGAAUUUUCGAGGCAUCAAUUAUUCAGUCGAUUACACACGUUACGCAAGUGGUUUUGAUUUGCCUCAUUUCCAAAAAUAUGUGCUACGUUCUGAAUAUUAAAUCGUUUGCAUCAUAAACAAUUCACUUGUGUUUCAUUCUUGGAUCAUAGUACGUUUUUGUUUAUUGUAUUAAAUUGAAGCAAGAAUUUCAUUUGCUAAGUCUCUAGAUAACUUCUCGUGCCUUAAAUUAUAAACCAAUUGUUUCAUAAAAAAUUAACGGACUCUAAUUUGACUUUUGCUAAGUUGUUAAAUUUUCAGACGAUAGAUUUACUAAAAUAUAUGAUGCAAACGAACUGUCACUGGGCGUUUAUAAUUUUAAGAGACCUGGAACGGUUUUAGCAGAAACGCAAAUUAUUCUAACAAAACCGUUCCAUAGUUAUCCAACUGGGAAAAAUUAUUUAAAAGGUUCACCAAUGGAUAUUUGGCUGGGAAUACUAUAGCUCCUCAAUAUUUAUGUAGAAGCACAAAAUAUCAAUUUCAUGUAGCUUUUGUAGCGUCCAAAAAUGUUACUGUAGUUCAUAAUUAAUUUAAGAGUGUAGACUUUGUAUAUAAUAUUUAAUAAGCCGUUUAUUUUUUAAAUUCUGUUCUGGUUGUACAUCAAAUGAAAAUAUUUAAUCAAUUUGUUUUUUAACACUGAAUGAACGUGGUACGAACACAAAAACAUUUCGGUUAUGAUUAAGUUACCUAGACAGUGUACAUAUUUCAAACAUUUUUGUGACGACUAAACGAGUCUCAAAAGUUUUACUUAAACAUUUUCUAAAUAGUUGAAUAAUUUUUUUUGACGAAUUUUCCAAAAUGUUCUUAAAAUUUGUUCACAUUUCUUGUUGCGCCCCAAACUGACGGUACCCGUUCUUCUGAACUUUAAACUGACAGGGUAUUAGAAAUUUUAGUGAUGUACUGAUAUUGAACAAAUAAUUAUUUUCAUUUGUUGUAUAUGAAUUUUAUUUAGUAAAUCGGUGACUAAAAAAAUGGAGUAGGCUACACUCUGUACUAAAAUCUACCUUAUUCUUUUAGUAAAUAAAGCGUAUUGUUUUGUCAAUGUGCCAAGUUAAAUAUUUUAAUAAUAAGUACUAUUUUGUUGGAAAAAUAACCUCCAAUAGUACACUGUUGUAGAUAAACGAUGUUUCGCUACAAAUAUAAACGACUGUGUUUUAAAAUAACAUAAAUUAUAAAUUGAAAUUGUAUUUGCGUAUAUAAACAUUGUAUCGAAAAUGUAUAUAAUAAAGAUAUAUAGAUAA